AUGGCCUGUUCGGGUGUUGUUGCUGAUGGUGACUGCAUAGUCAGCUACAACAAUCUCAAGUUGAAGCACGACAAAAGAUAUAUCAUCUACGCGUUCACUCCGGACAACAAGCGGAUCGUCAUCGAGUCCGAGGGUACCAAAGACAAGACUUAUGAUGACUUUAAACGGGCUCUUCUGGCCAGUCACGAGCCGCGUUAUGCUGUGGUAGACUUUGAAUUCGAACACGACGAGUCUGGAGCGAAGCAAGAGAAGGUCUUGUUCAUUUUUUGGUCACCCGACACCGCUCCCGUUAAAAGGAAGAUGCUAUUCGCUUCUUCUAAAGACGCAAUUCGUAAACCUCUGGACGGUGUUUAUCAAGAGAUUCAAUGCAAUGAUGAGGGCGACCUGCUAUUCGAGGAGAUUAAGAGGAAAGUCCAAAAGUGAAGAGGACGAGCUUGGACCAUAUUAUUGUUAUGUUAUUAAUUCUCUGCGGAAUUUGAUUGUUUCGCUGC